AUGGCUAUUGCUGGCCUACAAAACGUUUUGGCCAUCGAUUCAUCUUUCUCACGGGACUCUGAGGCCCGGACAUCUAGACAGAGGGAAAAUGAUGGAAGGCCGAGCAUCCGGGCAUCCUCACUCCUACAGAUGUGGAGGGAACUUGAGGAUGACCACGUGAUGGGUCAUGCUCGUGAGAGGAGUGCUUCCUCUAGUUCUAAUGCGUUCAUGGGAAAUGGUUAUGACAAUAAUAUUAGUGCAAACGAUACUGUUUUAGAUAGUGUAAAUUUGGGUGACAAUGAACUUGGUGGAUGGUCCCCCACGCCGAGUCAUGUUGGGUCACAUAACUCGAGCGAGGAUCUCAGCCCUUAUCAGAGCGAGCACUCGUCAGAUCUGGGGAUCGUCGAAAGGGAAAGAGUUAGACAAAUUUUUCGUGAAUGGAUGAGCUCUGGGACAGGUGAGCUUGCUUCUUCAGCUUCCCACACAACCAACAGCUCAAGAGCAGAACGGCUUGGCGAAACUGAACAGGAAAGGGUGAGGAUCAUAAGGGAGACGGUUCAGAUGAAUAGCCAGCAGAGGCCUGUUGUUGGUAAUCUCAGGGAAGAACAGCCUACUGAAGUUAUUAACCAGAUUGAAAGAGUACUUGAUGGAAUGGUUGUUAAUGAGAACUGUAUCCAGAAUGAGCAUGCUAGAAGAGGAAUACGCAAGUUAUGUGGUAGGCAAGUGUUGGUGGAUAUGUUAAAAAUGGCUGAGAGGGAAAGGCAAAGAGAGCUGCAGGGUUUGAUGCAGCAUCAUUCUGUAUCGAACUUUCCUCACCGCAACCGCAUCCAGGCAUUGCUAAGGGGAAGAUUCUUGCGAAAUGGUGACAAGGACGACAAACAAAAACCAUCAUCUUCUGCAGCUACUGAGUUGGGCUUUCUAAGAGAGAGGCAAACCGUGUCUGAGCUGAGGGAGGAAUUUAUAUCCAGAUUGGACCGGUCUGUCUCUGGUCAAGCGAGCAGUAGUCACUCAGAUACCUUAUCAAAUGCUGAAACUGAUGAUAGUAGGGGUGAAGAAAGCAAUUUAAAUUGUCUAGAUAGCAUCAAUGAUGCUGACGGUGGUUCAGAUCAAAAUGGCAGAGAGGCUGACAGCCAAAGUUCGGUGGAUGAGUUAACUAAUUCUAGACACUGUAAUAAUCGGAGCACAAGUUUGGAAGAAAGGACUGCUCGUGUAGAAGGCUGGCAGGGACAACUUUCUGAGAAUUUCCAAAGUGAAUGGGAACGGUCAGAAAGUGAUGAAUUUUCUCGAAGAAGAAGUGAUGCUGAAGCAGACCUGAAUAGCCAUCAAAGGGAGGAUGCUACAGUGUGUUCAUCCUCUUCAAUUCGAGGAAACAAGGUCAAACAAGGGUGUCGUUUACAUGAGACUAUCGAGAUCUCUGAUGCACAGUCCCUGCAAAGUCCCGUAGAAAUUGCCACCAUGGGACAGAUGAACGGGUCAAUUAAUUUCCAGGAGCAUCUGGCUGAGAGCAUAAAUCUAACUGUCACCAUAGAGGAACAACCCGAGGAGGAGAAUCUGGAAAAUGAGGAAUCGGAUUGGCAACUUAUCAAUGGUGAAUCCAGUGAUUGGAGACAUGACACCGAAGAGGAGGCAGACAAUGACAUUCCUGAGAGUUUUCCAACUCGGAUGUCCCAGAUAUCAUCCGUGGACGAGGACAGAGAAGCCCAUGGUGUACUAGAACUCCCAGAGAUGGAGCCCGAUGAUGUUGAUCUUCAAAGCUCACAACAAGACUGGGCAGAAGAACGAUCUGACGAGGACACAGUUUCAAGUGGCAGGCCUGCCACAUUCUUUCGUGUGGCUGAUGGUAAUGAGAACAUGGAACUCAGAGAACUCUCGAGCAGGAGACGUGUCUCAAAUCUUCUACAAAGCGGGUUUAGGGAAAAUCUUGACCAUUUGAUACAAUCUUACAUGGACAGAAGAAGCAGAAAUCCUGUCGAGUGGGAAGAAAACGAGACUUUUCCUGACCCUACAAUAGUUGGUGAACAUACAGAAGAGCCGGAUGAUGAUCAGAGUGGUGGUGAAGAACUUGAUGCUGUCGAAUCUCCUCCUUUGUCUCUACCUUCCCCAGUGAUUCCUGUUCAGUCACUCUGGCACCAUGAGCGGUCCAAUUCAAAUUGGCCAGCACAUGAGUUACACCAACACGUUGGAAUGGAUUGGGAUUCGAUCAAUGGUUUGAGAGUUGACAUGGGCAGAAUACAGCAAAGGAUGGAUAACCUACAGAGGAUGCUGGAGGCUUGCAUGGAAAUGCAACUCGAGUUACAACGGUCCAUAAGACAAGAGAUCUCUGCUGCAAUGCACCGCUCUGCUGACUCAUCAGGUCCAUCCAAGGACACAUGUUCGAGCUAUGAGUCAAAAUGGGAAUAUGUAAGAAAAGGGAUCUGCUGCAUAUGCUGCGAGAGCAACAUUGAUUCUUUAUUGUAUAAAUGCGGACAUAUGAACACCUGCGAGAAGUGUGCAAAGAAGCUAGUGGAAGCUGGAGGAAAAUGUCCCAUGUGUCAAGCCCCUGUGAUUGAGGUAGUUCGGGCUUACUCUAUUCUCUGA